CACCACAAAGCAAACUCAAACCAAAAAAAAAAAAAUUGUUUGUUCUUCCAAUGGAGCUCUUGAGCACGAUCAAUCUUUUAGCAAUAGCUCUAGUGCUCCUUGUAGUUCCGAAGAUAUAUGGAGCUUGUCGGAUCCUUGUUUGGCGGCCAUUGAUGCUAUCAAGAAAAUUCAAGAAGCAAGGAAUCUCAGGCCCAAAAUACAGGAUCUUGUACGGGAAUCUCCGUGAGAUUAGGAAGGUGAAGAACGAAGCUAAGCUUAAGAUUCUUGAUCCAAACUCCAACGAUAUCGUCCCUCGCGUUUUACCUCAUCUUCAGCAAUGGAUGGCUCAAUACGGAGAGACUUUUCUUUACUGGCAAGGAACAGAGCCAAGGUUAUGCAUCUCAGAUCAUGAGCUAGCGAAACAGAUCUUAUCGAACAAGUUUGGUUUUUUUGCUAAAUCAAAGACAAAACCUGAGAUCCUUAAACUUGCUGGUAAUGGACUUAUCUUCGUAAAUGGUCUUGAUUGGGUUCGGCAUAGACGAAUCUUAAACCCUGCAUUCUCUAUGGACAAACUCAAGCUUAUGACCCAAUUGAUGGUGGAUUGCACUUUGAGAAUGUUCGACGAGUGGGGAAAACAGAGGAAUGGUGGCGAAACAGAGCAAGUGGUGUUGAUUAGCAGAGAGUUUAAGAGAUUGACCGCUGAUAUCAUAGCGACGGCUGCGUUUGGAAGCAGUUAUGCGGAAGGAAUUGAAGUGUUUAAAUCACAAAUAGAGCUCCAAAAGUGUUGUGCUGCUGCUCUUACUGACGUCUAUUUCCCUGGAAUCCAGUAUCUUCCUACGCCUUCGAAUCUUCAAAUAUGGAAGCUUGAUAGGAAAGUGAAUAGCUCGACCAAAAGAAUCAUAGAUGCGAGGCUAAAAUCGGAAUCCAAGAAUUACGGAAAUGAUCUUCUGGGAAUCAUGUUAACAGCUGCAAGCUCUAACGAGUCUGAGAAAAAGAUGAGCAUUGAUGAGAUCAUAGAAGAAUGCAAGACGUUCUUCUUCGCAGGACACGAAACAACUGCGAAUCUAUUGACAUGGAGUACAAUGUUGCUUAGCUUGCACCAAGAUUGGCAAGAGAAGCUCAGAGAAGAAGUUUUCAACGAAUGCGGUAAAGACAAAAUCCCAGAUGCAGAGACAUGCGCUAAACUCAAACUGAUGAACAUGGUGUUUAUGGAGUCACUUCGUCUAUACGGACCAGUAUUAAAUGUGCUCCGAUUAGCAUCAGAAGAUAUGAAAUUAGGAAACAUAGAGAUCCCUAAAGGCACGACUAUAGUCCUUCCGAUUGUGAAGAUGCACAGAGACAAAGCCAUUUGGGGAAGUGACGCCGACAAAUUCAACCCUAUGCGGUUUGAAAACGGCAAUUCUCGAGCCGCUAAUCACCCAAACGCUCUUCUCGCGUUUUCAAUCGGACCAAGAGCUUGCAUUGGCCAAAACUUUGCCAUAAUGGAAGCCAAGACAGUUCUCGCCAUGAUUCUUCAACGGUUCCGGAUCAAACUCUCCGCCGAUUAUAAACACGCGCCGGCAGAUCACCUCACUCUUCAGCCUCAGUACGACUUACCUGUGAUGCUUCAACCAAUCGACGGUUGAAGCAAAUGCUUCUACUUUGUCUAUAUAUGAACCUUCAUGGGCUAAAGACUUAAUUAAGAUAUUGGGCUAUU